CCUGAACAACACGGCCCUUUUUAAGUUCAGUGGGGGAAGAGAAAGGGGGACUCUGAAAUACGAAGACAAAAAGACACUAAACAGACCUGAAAGGGCCCUGUCUUCUACACGGGAAGACUAUUGUCAAAUCAAAGCAACACGAAACGAAGGUCUUGACUGCCUGAACCACGACAAAAAAAAAGUAAAAUGGCGGAGCCGGACAAAUUAAACAUCGACUCCAUAAUACAGCGUCUUCUGGAAGUUAAGGGCUCUCGGCCAGGCAAAAACGUUCAGCUGACAGAGAACGAGAUCCGUGGCCUUUGCCUCAAGUCUCGUGAAAUCUUCCUCAGCCAGCCAAUCCUGCUCGAGCUUGAGGCACCACUCAAGAUCUGCGGUGACGUCCAUGGUCAGUACUACGACCUGCUGCGGCUGUUUGAGUACGGAGGUUUCCCCCCGGAGAGCAACUACCUGUUCCUAGGGGACUACGUGGACCGAGGGAAGCAGUCCCUGGAGACCAUCUGCUUGCUUCUGGCCUACAAGGUCAAAUACCCAGAGAACUUCUUCUUGCUGCGCGGCAACCACGAGUGUGCCUCCAUUAACCGUAUCUACGGCUUUUAUGACGAGUGUAAGAGACGGUAUAACAUCAAGCUGUGGAAGACGUUCACAGACUGCUUCAACUGUUUACCCGUGGCUGCCAUUGUAGAUGAGAAGAUAUUCUGCUGCCAUGGAGGCCUCUCUCCAGACCUCCAGUCCAUGGAGCAGGUGCGCAGAGUGAUGCGACCCACAGAUGUGCCUGACCAGGGCCUGCUGUGUGACCUGCUUUGGGCCGACCCAGACAAAGAUGUCCUGGGCUGGGGCGAGAACGACCGCGGGGUCUCUUUCACAUUCGGGGCAGACGUGGUGGCCAAAUUUCUGCACAAACACGACAUGGACCUUAUAUGCAGGGCACAUCAGGUGGUAGAAGACGGUUACGAGUUCUUUGCAAAGAGACAGCUUGUUACUCUGUUCUCUGCCCCUAACUACUGUGGAGAGUUUGAUAAUGCCGGUGCCAUGAUGAGUGUGGAUGAGACCCUCAUGUGUUCCUUUCAGAUUCUCAAGCCAGCGGAUAAGAAGCUCUACUCUUAUGGUGGAGGUGGAGGAAUGGGAUCUGGACGCCCCGUCACCCCGCCACGGAAUUCCGCCAAAGGCGGGAAGGCCAAGAAAUAACACCCACUGGACCCCCUCUCCUUGAACCAAG